CAUACAGAGCGAACCGGUUUGUAAGAAGGAAGAGCCAAAAACCGUCUUGUGGUGGCUACUCAGUUCCGCGCAGUGGUUCGUCGCAUAGCAAGGAUCACGCAAGCGGAUCUGCACGUCGAAAGUGAUCAUAUGUACGUUUAGUGUAGUAAUAGCUUACCCAGCCUAUCUGGUAGCCGUCGACUAGCUCAGCCACUGCUGUAACCGUACGGACCGACGGAAACGCCCCUUCCUAGUCUUAUCACAGCGAAUCUACUCUCUACGUGGCCGCCGCGGUGCAGUGCAUUCACGGAUCUAGAGAGCAACCCAACAGCGCCAUGGCCCAAAAAGUGUUGCGCCGCGUCUUUGUGUACGGAACGCUGAAGCGCGGUGAGCCAAACCACCACCUGCUGGCCAACGCCGACAACGGGUACGCCAAGUUCAUCUGCAAGGGCUCGACGAACCGGCGCUUUCCGCUGGUGAUCGCCACCCGGUACAACAUUCCUUUUCUGCUGGACAAACCCGGCACCGGCAGUUACAUAACGGGCGAAAUCUAUGAACUGGACGAGCCGCUGUUCCAUCAGUUGGACGUGCUGGAGGACUACCGGAAGCUGUACGAUCGGCAGAUCGAGGACAUCAACGUUGGCGUGGAGGAAGGCAGCAUUCCGUGCUGGAUGUACUUGCUGCGCAACUACCCGGAACGCUUGCUGAAGCGGCCCAUGCUAACCGAGUACCGCAAUACAAUCGAGCUGCCCUAUUCGCGUCGUCCUCCCGGCAAAGUGAACAUUUUUGAGGAACUCCAGAAGGAGCAAUCGGUGGCGUAGUGGGCCGCAGUAGGCGCUGCCCAGUUGCCAUACUUUCGUUUUAUCGAGGGAUCGAGGGGGAAACGUCAGGAGAGUAAAGUCACGGGGUUGUACUUAGUGUUAAAAAAUAAAUACAGCACGCAGUUUAAGG